GGCUCUUCCCGGCGCUUUCCGCCCUUCUCCUGGCUCGUCCGGGCCGCGGCGCUCUCGGCUGGCGGCUGGCGGCGGCGGCGACGCAGAGGGGAAGGAGUCCAGGAUGCGGCGCGGGGUGGCCCGGUGCCCCCCUGCCCCGUCACGGCAGCCGCGGCGGCCGCGGGGACCGGGCCAGGGCCGGGGGCGGCGGCCCGAGCCGCGGUAGCGGCGGGAGGGGCGGCCUGAGGGCGGGCGGCCGGGAGCCCGGGUGUGGGGGCUCCGUGCCGCUCCGCACGGCCCGGCCCGACUCGGCCCCGGCGCCAUGAGCGGAGGCGGCGGCGGCGGCGGCGGCGGCGGAGGGGGCUCGGCACCCAGUCGCUUCGCCGACUACUUUGUCAUCUGCGGGCUGGACACCGAGACUGGGCUGGAGCCGGACGAGCUGUCGGCAUUAUGCCAGUACAUACAGGCUUCUAAAGCCAGGGAUGGUGCCAGCCUUUUCAUUUCAAGUACGACUGAAGGGGAAAAUUUUGAGCAGACACCAUUGAAAAGAACAUUCAAGUCUAAGGUCCUUGCACGAUAUCCUGAGAAUGUAGAAUGGAAUCCCUUUGACCAAGAUGCAGUGGGAAUGCUGUGCAUGCCCAAAGGGCUGGCAUUCAAGACCCAGGCUGAUCCCAGGGAGCCCCAGUUCCAUGCCUUCAUUAUCACAAGGGAAGACGGCUCUCGGACAUUUGGGUUUGCCCUCACCUUUUAUGAAGAAGUGACUAGCAAGCAGAUCUGCAGUGCAAUGCAGACCCUCUACCACAUGCACAAUGCUGAGUAUGAUGGCCUGCAUGCUCCCCUUGCUGAUGGCCGAGACCAGAUGGGUGUGGAGGAUGGUGAAGGGACUCUUGGGACCAAGUUGCAGCGCUUCAACUCUUACGACAUUAGCCGGGACACUCUGUACGUCUCUAAGUGCAUCUGUCUCAUCACGCCCAUGUCCUUCAUGAAGGCAUGCCGGAGUGUGCUGGAACAACUCCACCAGGCAGUCACUUCACCUCAGCCUCCUCCACUACCCCUUGAGAGCUACAUAUACAACGUACUCUAUGAGGUGCCACUCCCCCCUCCUGGCCGGUCUUUGAAGUUUUCUGGAGUCUAUGGGCCAGUAAUCUGCCAGAGACCAAGUACCAAUGAGCUUCCCCUGUUCGACUUUCCUGUCAGAGAAGUCUUUGAACUGCUUGGGGUGGAAAAUGUGUUUCAGCUUUUUACUUGUGCGCUUCUGGAGUUUCAGAUCUUGCUCUACUCACAGCAUUACCAGAGACUGAUGACCGUGGCAGAGACGAUUACAGCUCUCAUGUUUCCUUUCCAGUGGCAGCAUGUCUAUGUUCCUAUUCUUCCAGCUUCUCUCCUACAUUUCUUAGAUGCUCCCGUUCCGUACUUAAUGGGCUUGCAUUCCAAUGGCCUGGAUGACCGCUCAAAGCUGGAGCUGCCUCAAGAGGCUAACCUCUGCUUUGUGGACAUUGACAACCACUUCAUUGAGCUGCCAGAGGACUUGCCUCAGUUUCCCAAUAAAUUGGAAUUUGUCCAAGAAGUGUCUGAGAUUCUCAUGGCAUUUGGUAUUCCCCCUGAAGGGAACCUUCAUUGCAGCGAGAGUGCUUCCAAGCUGAAGAGGCUCCGAGCCUCUGAGUUUGUCUCUGACAAGAGGAAUGGGAACAUUGCUGGCUCCCCUUUGCAUUCCUAUGAACUCCUCAAGGAGAAUGAAACUAUCGCACGGCUGCAAGCCUUGGUCAAGAGGACUGGGGUGAGCCUGGAGAAGCUGGAAGUGCGUGAAGACAGCAGCAGUAAUAAGGAUCUCAAGGUUCAGUGUGAUGAAGAAGAUCUCAGGAUUUACCAGUUAAAUAUUCAGAUACGGGAAGUUUUUGCAAAUCGUUUCACUCAGAUGUUUGCAGAUUAUGAAGUGUUUGUCAUUCAGCCUAGCCAGGACAAGGAAUCCUGGUUUACCAACAGGGAGCAGAUGCAAAAUUUUGAUAAAGCAUCUUUUUUAUCAGAUCAACCUGAACCCUACCUACCCUUCCUCUCAAGAUUCCUAGAGACUCAGAUGUUUGCUUCUUUCAUUGACAACAAAAUCAUGUGUCACGAUGAUGAUGAUAAAGACCCUGUGCUCCGGGUGUUUGAUUCCCGGGUAGACAAGAUCAGGCUGUUGAAUGUUCGGACACCUACUCUCCGCACAUCUAUGUAUCAGAAGUGUACCACUGUGGAUGAAGCAGAGAAAGCAAUUGAGCUGCGCCUGGCAAAAAUUGAUCAUACCGCAGUUCACCCACAUUUGCUUGACAUGAAGAUUGGACAAGGAAAGUAUGAACCAGGCUUUUUUCCUAAACUGCAAUCUGAUGUGCUUUCCACGGGGCCAGCCAGCAACAAGUGGACAAAAAGAAAUGCCCCUGCUCAAUGGAGGCGGAAAGAUCGGCAGAAGCAGCACACAGAGCACCUGCGUUUAGAUAAUGACCAGAGAGAGAAGUACAUCCAGGAAGCCAGGAACAUGGGUAGCACCAUCCGUCAACCCAAAUUGUCCAACCUCUCUCCAUCAGUGAUUGCGCAAACGAACUGGAAAUUUGUAGAGGGCCUGCUGAAGGAAUGUCGCAACAAGACCAAGAGGAUGCUGGUGGAGAAGAUGGGCCGUGAAGCUGUGGAGUUAGGGCAUGGGGAAGUGAACAUCACAGGAGUGGAAGAGAAUACCUUGAUUGCCAGUCUUUGUGACCUCCUAGAGAGAAUUUGGAGUCAUGGGCUACAAGUGAAGCAGGGCAAGUCAGCCUUGUGGUCCCACCUGUUACAUUACCAGGAAAACCGGCAGAGGAAGCUCACUUCAGGAAGCCUUAGUACCUCAGGAAUAUUUUUCGAUUCAGAACGGAGGAAGUCUGAUGCCAGUGCAGUCAUGUCUCCCCUAAGGAUCUCCCUGAUUCAGGAUAUGAGGCAUAUCCAAAACAUUGGGGAAAUCAAGACUGAUGUUGGAAAGGCCAGAGCCUGGGUGCGACUGUCUAUGGAAAAAAAAUUGCUUUCCAGACACUUGAAGCAACUUCUUUCAGACCAUGAGCUCACCAAAAAGUUGUACAAGCGGUAUGCCUUCCUGCGCUGUGAUGACGAGAAGGAGCAGUUCCUGUAUCACCUCCUCUCUUUCAAUGCCGUCGAUUACUUUUGCUUCACCAAUGUCUUCACAACUGUCCUGAUCCCGUACCACAUUCUGAUAGUACCAAGCAAGAAGCUGGGGGGUUCCAUGUUCACUGCCAACCCGUGGAUUUGUAUCUCAGGAGAGUUGGGUGAGACCCAGAUCCUGCAGAUUCCCAGGAAUGUGCUAGAGAUGACCUUCGAGUGCCAGAACUUGGGAAAACUCACUACUGUCCAGAUUGGCCAUGAUAACUCUGGGCUGUAUGCAAAAUGGCUGGUGGAGUAUGUAAUGGUCAGGAAUGAGAUCACUGGACAUACCUAUAAGUUCCCUUGUGGUCGCUGGUUGGGAAAAGGCAUGGACGAUGGAAGCCUUGAGAGGGUCCUGGUUGGAGAGCUGCUCACAUCUCAGCCUGAGGUGGACGAGAGACCCUGCCGGACCCCACCGCUGCAGCAGUCCCCCAGCGUCAUCAGGAGGCUUGUUACCAUCUCGCCCAACAACAAGCCCAAGCUGAACACCGGGCAGAUCCAGGAGUCCAUCGGGGAGGCAGUGAAUGGCAUUGUGAAACACUUUCAUAAGCCUGAGAAAGAGCGUGGCAGUUUGACACUGUUGCUUUGUGGAGAAUGUGGCCUUGUCUCGGCCCUGGAGCAGGCUUUCCAGCAUGGAUUUAAAUCACCCCGUCUCUUCAAAAAUGUCUUCAUUUGGGAUUUUCUGGAAAAAGCACAAACCUAUUAUGAGACAUUGGAGCAGAAUGAAGUUGUCCCCGAGGAAAACUGGCAUACAAGGGCCCGGAACUUCUGCCGAUUUGUCACUGCAAUCAACAACAACCCUCGGAAUAUCGGCAAGGAUGGCAAAUUCCAGAUGCUGGUGUGCUUGGGAGCCAGAGAUCACCUCUUACAUCACUGGAUUGCCCUGCUGGCUGACUGCCCCAUCACCGCACACAUGUAUGAGGAUGUGGCGCUGAUCAAAGACCACACACUUGUCAAUUCCCUGAUUCGCGUGCUGCAGACAUUGCAGGAGUUCAACAUCACGCUGGAGACGUCCCUUAUCAAGGGCAUCGAUAUCUGACCUGCCAGCACCAGCCGGCAGCCGGACGGAGAAAGACUGAGCCUGCAACUCGGCCCCUCCUUCCAGAGUUGUGCAGGAGACAGAGAGGAGGUGUACACUCACUGUAAAAAGAAAACUAGAGGAUUUUUGGAAUAAAUAAUCUAUUUUAGAGUUUAUUUGCUGAUUUACUUUUUACACACUUUCAUGUGAGAGAGUAAUAUGGAGAGGGAGCGAGGCUGGUGCCGCUUAUUUUAAAGCUGGUACCCUCCCUCGCAUGGCCACGUAUGGGGAGCCCUCAGCACCCCUGAACUGAGCCUGGCGCCUCGUGCAGGGCAAGUCUGCCCUGCGUGGGGCGUGAAUGAGGCCAUUCCACGUCGUUUUUAAACUGAUGUUUUCUAUAUUAACAUUAUUACUAAUAUUUGGCUUUCAUGGGCCACACAGGUGUGCUGAGCAGGAAGCCCCUUGCUCCAAUCAAAGGGAUUUUUAGUCAUGCCUGUGAGCAGGCACUGCCCAGUCAGUCCUGUGGCUUUCCUUUUUUGUCAGUAUUAUUUGGGAAAGAGACAUGCCGGGACCUGCCAUCAUGCUGAAGAUCACACUUCCUGUCGGCACACAGUUGCACAGUAAACAUAAGCAUGUUUUAACAGGUUUUUCUUUAUAUUUUUCUUUUUUUUAACAUAUUAUUUAUUUAACUCGUCAUUGUGUGUUUUUUUCUUUUGUUAAAGAAAGGAAAAACUUGUCACAGUCUAACUGGCUAUGUUGUUAUUGUUAAAUUUAUAUUGUUUUGCAAUUUAGAAACCAGCUACAGUAUGGCCCACUUAAUAAAACACCUGAAACCAAA